CUCCAUGUGUUGGAUGUUCCCUCCUCCCACUAACAGCUCUGAGCUGCCUCUCUAGGAUCCUCUUUCCUCACUCACAAUCUCCAGGGAGCCAGUGUGGGAAGAACAGAUUUCCGCCCCUUCUCAGACCCACAACUUUUCCCUGGCUCUGCUGCUAACACUGGGCUGCCAUGCACUCUCCAGCUAGCGACCCCCAAACAAAAGGACUGCAUGUAUUCUUCUUAUUAUACUGCUAGCAUGGAGAAGGGGAGGGGACGAAUCAGAGUCUUUUGGAUGAACCUUUAUUGGACUGUGCAGUGUCCAGACCUCAAAGGAUUUGCUUAUCGGGUCUUGGAAUGAACUAACCAUGGACAUGAGGAAAAGGAGCAUGCUACACAUCAACCAUUACCACUGACACUGCCCACUCCUGCUGCCAACUGCACUGCUGCAAGGUAAGGGAACCCUCCCGGUGAUAAAUUCUCACAUGUUACAUGCACAGUAAGUUGUCGCUAGUGGCUGCAUAUCUUACUACAACAACAAAAAAGAGUCUUUACGCAGAAUGCUGAACUUUGUAUGGAAAGGAGGGGCAAGAGUUAUACAAACUUGAUUGCUUUGCCCUCAGAGCUGACAAUUUAAGCAGUUUGGAAGCCAGACAGAACACUUUACUGUGAAAGGUGAUGCCCAGAUUUUGGCUUCUUCAGGUGCCAUGGCAAAAGCUGCUUUAGUAGAAUUGCUGGUCCUGCUUGCUUGCACCCUGGCCUGGAGUGUGGAACCCAAGUGCCUGGAGCCAUGUGACUGUCAACACCUCCAACAUAUUCUGUGCUCCAACAGGGGCCUCAUAUCAGUGCCCAGAUCCAGCCACAUUCUCAGCUCAAGUGGAACUAAAACCUACAGCCUGGGAGGCAACUUUAUUUCCAAUAUCAGUGCCUUGGACUUUGUGCAGUUUCCCCAGCUGCAGAGGCUGGACUUGCAGUACAAUCAGAUAUGCUCCAUUCAUCUAAAGGCUUUUGAGAAUCUCUCUCAGCUUGAAGAACUGUACCUGGGCAAUAAUCUGCUGGCUACCCUUGCCCCUGGUGCCUUGGCCCCCCUCAGGAAGCUUAAGGUUCUUAAUGUAAAUGGGAACCGGCUGCACAAUAUUAGCAGGGCCAGCUUUUCUAAUUUAGCGGCUCUGAUCAAGCUCAGACUGGAUGGUAAUGACAUCCAGAACUUGCAGGGCUCCCCCUUCUCUGCCCUCAGCAAUCUGUUAUAUUUACAUCUGGAGAACAACAAAAUAACCAACAUCAGUAAAAAUGCUUUUACAGGGCUGGGGAAGCUACGGCUGCUAAGUCUGUCUGGGAACCCACAGAACUUUCUGCGCCAACCUACCUUCCUGCCCCUGCGAUCUCUAAGCACCCUUACAAUGGCUGGAAACCAACUGCAGCAGCUUGGCUCAUCUAUGUUUAAUGGAUUACAAAAGCUUUCCAGGCUCAUUCUAAGCUCAAAUCAAAUUUCAGUGAUACAAACUAAGACAUUUUUGGGACUUGAUUUGCUUCAAGAGUUGCAUUUGGAUGGGAACAAACUGCUUCAGCUUCCAGAGGGUGUCUUGGUGCCAUUGCACAAUUUGGAGAUGCUAAAUCUGAGCCAUAAUGCCAUUUCUCAUUUACCUCCAGAAAUGUUUAAAGGACUAAUGAGGCUGAGGGUGCUAGAUCUGCAGCAUAACAUGCUGAAAUACCUCUCUGGGCAGACAUUUGCUGGCAAUCCAACCCUAUAUCGCUUGCAGCUGGAUGGCAAUCGCUGGAGCUGUGACUGUCACCUUUUGGAUCUUAAGCACUGGAUCUUGGGAACGCUGCACUCCAGGAGCCGCAUGCUUACAGUAUUUGUGCAGUGCUGGGAGCCUCUUAAAGUGGCAGGGAAGUAUUUAGACUAUCUGGAGGAUGCAUAUUUGAGGGGUGUUGGAGGUUGUCAAGUAAGCACAACGCCUGGAGGUCAGGAACAGAUGGUGACCAGCACUUUAAGGGAUGAGGAUAUAGUGAUGCAUCAGACUAGGAAAGGAGAAAUAGACCUUAAAGCUGUAACUGGGGCAGAUAUUCUUAGAGGUCAGCCAAAGACAGAAGAGGAGUCUUUGCAUCUACCUACCCUCGCAUCACAUGUUUCUCCUGUACUUGAAAGACUGGCAUUAAGGCAGCAGGCCUUAGUCACAAAAUGGCCAUCAAGUACCAACAGGGACAGCACUGCUAAGACCCGUGGCUUAGAAAUCUCAAGGAAGGGCAAAGGAAAGUCUGUAAAGAAAUCUGAACAUUCACACAAGCUGCCACUUUCCAAACAUCCUACACAUAGUAAAGCCAAGCAGACGAGUGUCCUUAUCCCUGCAUCCAGUAAUUUGCCACCUCACUCAGAAUUCCUGCACUCAGAAAAACCUGGCAAAUUGCACCCUCCAUCUGUGGUACCUUACAUGGAAGAUCUGAGAUCUGUUUACACUACCCUGCAGCAUGAUAAUGGCACUGACAAACCCAUUCACCACGAAAACGCUGCAGCUAAGACCUUCCAGCAGGCUGAAGGUGAUCCCAUGCAUCCAGCUGCUGAGACUUUGCACCAAGUUGCUCCUUUCCCAUCCCUGCUUUCUGACCCAUGUGACUUUAACAAGUUGUAUUUAGUGAACCUAUCAGUGGAGGCAGUUGGAAGUAGCACAGCCCAGGUCUGCUGGCAGACACUGAGUGCACAUACCCAAGGGCCUGUUCUAUUUCGAGUGCUAUAUGAGCGCUUUGGGCAAACAGGUAGUUUCCAGCGCUUCGUUUAUCCACGUGGUAGAGUGGAAUCUCUGACUCUGCAAGAGCUGACUGGCGACACACCAUAUCUGGUUUGUGUAGAGAGCAUUAUUGGUGGAAGAGCAUGUCCUAUGGCACCAAGGGAUCACUGUGUAGGGCUCGUCACCCUACCAUCUGAAGAUGACCAACCUCUGCUCAAUUACCAAGUGCUGGCUUUAGCACUACUUGCUGUCAAUGCCCUGCUGCUUUUAUUGGGCUUGGUGGCUUGGGGAUCUAGGCUGGCCCACAGGAAAUGGAGUCGUAGGAGACCCCCAGUGCACGUUCGUCAGAUGUACUCCACCCGGCGCCCCUACAGGUCUGUGGGUACAGGGGUCUCUACUGAUUUCUCAGGAUUUCAGUCUCAUCACCCACGAACUACUGUUUGUGCCCUGGGCGAAGCAGAUCUCAUUGAGUUUCCUGGCUGUGAUCGAUUUAGGGAAGGAGGCAACAUACACAGGGAAGAUCUGCUGCAGAGAUUUACACACUGACCCUUUACAUCAUUCUAUUCUGUGUUCAGUGACCAAAUGGUAACCAGCCAUGAGUUCCUCAUCUACAUUUGCAUAUGUGGAUUACUGCAGAGUGAUAUGUCCUGACUUGCGGUUUAGCAUUGACACCUCAGUUGCGAGAUAAGGAUUUGAUUCCAAUGAGUUACAGUGGCAAAAAAACAGUGUUAGAGCUCUAUUUGACAAUCUGUUAAUGAUAAUAUGAUGUCAUUAAUUGACAUGCUGAACUAAACUCUUAGCUAACAGAGGAUGCUGGGAGUUGUACUGCAGCAACAACUGCAAAGGCCCAGACUGAUUGUACAAAGGAUCAAAACCUGAUAGUAUGUAGGGUUGCCACCUUUUCUGGAAAAAGAUACCGGCUUUCCUAUAUAUUUAUCUUUUUUCCCUAUUAAUAACAUUGGGAUGAUCCAUCAUUUUUACCGGCCAGGCCAGUAAAAUACCAGCCAGAUGGCAAUCCUAAUAGUAUGAGAAUAUGAAUUAUGUGUUUUUGCCAUAUUACUGAUGUGGGGAAUUUUCAUCUCAGUGUUACUACUAUCCCAGAUCUCUAUGGCAGUAACCUGAUUUAAUUAACUGCUCUUUUUUUACCUUGAUGACAUUCAUUAACAUGUCAUUAAAUUGUUCAUAAUUUAUUUUGUGUUUGAAAAUGAUUGAUGUUUUUCACUUAAAGCAAGUGUUGGAAAGGUGCUAGCUUUUACAGUCCAUUUGGGCUCCAAAGAAGAAAAAGACAUACUCAACAUGCCAUAAAAUAAACAAAGGAUUCCUCCAAUAACCCCCCCCCCAAGUGUCCAUUUGCAGGAGUUGUUUCCUAGGCAAUGUAGAAAUACGCAGGUCUUUAUGCCUUCAAUGCCUUUGUGUCUUCAACAAUCAGUGGUUUAUGAGAUUAACAAUGCCCCUUCCUGUAAUGUCCUAACGUUUUUAUGUGUACAUGUACAUUUCCCAUGCUCUGUUUGAACAAGUGCAUUUUUUUUAGCAGAUGGAAGCAAUUUGCCUUUGCACUCCUCGCUUCCUGGAAAGGGGGAAAUGAUUAGUGCAACGGACAUGCUGUUUCCUGGCCUGUAUAAAAGUAAUAUGCAAUAUAUCUUUGUUCUAUAUCAGUGUGAAUGUUUGGGUAUGUUGAUUGUUAUAUUCUUAUAUGUAAGACACAAUUGAAAAAUGUAAUUCAUUUUUCUAUAAAAGGAUAAAAUUAUUUUUGACAUCA